CUUCGCACAGUAACAAAAUGCUUUUAUGUGAAUAAAAAAGCAAAUUGCAGUCGUGGUUCUAGUGAUUUAAUGGAAAAUUGAGCAGAAAUCAAGAGUGUGUUUCGUCUUCUUUACCGUGAAAGUGUGUCCAGUAUUACAACAGUGGCACAAAACUGCUAAAUCAAAUGACAGAGUGUACUACCGUAAAGAUGGAGCCGUCGCCCGAGAUAAAAACGGAAAGGGAUACCGGGAGUGAACCGCUGCUAAUGUCUGAAGGUGAAGAACAACCCGUGGCAAGGGCACCAGCGGCGCUGACUGCCCCUACAGACGGUCCAAGCGGUGUGAAAGAAGAACCCGGAAUAGACAUCGUAGAUGAUGCAGCCGGUACUGCAGCAGCAAAAGACAUACCUGCGGUAGCAGCUGAUGGCACUACGGCAGCUUCCAGUUCCAGCGACACGGAGACUUCGGAUAAUCACCUUGGACCAGGUACUGCUACUUCGGAAGACAGGGACGCUAUCAACGACAAUAAAAGUGAGAAGACAAGCAGGAUACCCAAGAGUGGCAAAAAGCCCUUCAAGUGCGACAUCUGCAGCAAAUCGUUUGCCCAUCCGUACACUCUAACCUGUCACAAGCUGCUGCAUACGGGAAAAACCGACUUCAAAUGUGAGAUAUGUGAGAGAUAUUUUUUCACGAAAGCACAGUUCGAAACCCACCAGCGGCGACACAGCACGCAUCGGCCACACAAGUGCCACAUUUGUGACCGAGGGUUCGCUUUUAAAACGGGGCUCGCAAAUCAUAUGAGCAGUCACAGUGAUGAACGACUGUUCCAGUGCGACAUAUGCGGCGCAUCGUACAAGUCAGCCGGCAAUCUUAGCGUCCACAAAAAUAUCCACAAGUCCGUACUGGAUCAUCUGUACCGGUGCGAGAUUUGCGGGAAAGGUUUCUCCAUUUAUCAUUAUUUCGAAGUGCACAUGCGCAGUCACAGCGACGAGCGACAGUUCGAAUGCGACAUCUGUGGAUCGGCCUACAAAUCGAGCAGCUAUUUUAAAGUUCACAUGAAAAGUCACACAUCCGUGGAGCCGAAAAAACCCUUCAAAUGUGACCUGUGCGGGAACCGAUUUACUCAAAAAAGUGGCCUUAAUCUGCAUUCAAAGAUACACCUAAAGACGGGAUUCAUAAAAUGUACCCACUGUGGGAUACAAUUUUCCACUAAAGAGAGCCUGGAUGCGCAUAGACAGCGCAUCAGCAGUGAACGGCCGUUCGAGUGUACCUGUAGAUCAGUUCACCCGACUAGAAAAAGUCUGUGGUAUCAUCUUAGGAAGCAUAAGGAUCACUACAAAAACUAACGGGUGAACAAAAACUCCUGUUCACGAGAAUA